ACUUCACAUUAAAGUACAGUACGGGUGCCCAUGUAAAUAGGUUGUAUGGAAAAACUUAUAUUUUUAUUAGAAAAACUAUUGCAAUAAAGAAACUAUUAAAGGACCACAGAAUUACACAAUGAAAUCUGUACUAAUAACCGGUGCCAACAGAGGUCUGGGGCUCGGGAUGGUGAAAUAUCUCACGAAAAAGAAUGAAGGAUACCAAAUAUUCGCUACUUGCCGGAAUCGGAAUACUUCGGAGGAACUGAAACAAUUAGAACAAGAGAAUGCAAACCUUCACAUUUUACAUUUAGAUGUAACAAACACGUCGAGUUUUGACGAAAUAUCGUCUCAGAUCAAAAAAGUGGUGGGCGGUAACGGACUGAACCUGUUGGUGAACAACGCUGGGGUGACCACCAAGUUCACCAAACUGGCGCUGGUGAAAAGGGAACAAUUGUUGGACAAUCUUACAGUCAACACCGUCGCGCCAAUCAUGCUCACAAAGGCUUUGCUAGCACAUUUGAAGCAGGCGUCUGAAGCGAAUAGCGACAAACCAAUGGGCACGGAACGAGCUGCCAUCAUCAACAUGUCUUCCAUCCUUGGGUCUAUUGCGCAGAAUGACCAGGGCGGGUUCUAUCCUUACCGCUGUUCCAAGGCAGCUCUAAACGCAGCUACAAAGUCAAUGAGUAUAGAUCUCAAGAAGGACAAAAUCCUGGUGGUGUCAAUGCACCCGGGGUGGGUUCGCACGGACAUGGGAGGCAGCAAUGCUCCUCUUGAUGUGGACAGCAGUAUCCAGGGUAUAUUCGAAACAAUCUCUAAGCUGAGAGAGGAAGAUAGUGGAAAAUUCUUGCAAUAUGAUGGUUCAGAAUUGCCUUGGUAAUAUAACGUAAAGCUCAAUAGAGCUCAACGUGCUCAAAGAAAAGUGUGUUUGAUACGCAUUUAUAAACAUUUGAGAAUUGUACGGUUUUUGUUUUAAAUAAAUACACAAAACAACACCCGUUGCCUACUAUU